AGGGUCUGUCAGAGAAGAUGGCUCCAGGACGAAGCUAAUUGUUUAGCCGAUGUAAAUCUAUCCACCACCAACAGGCUGGAGACUGCGGUGACAAAAUUAACAGAUAACCCGUGGAGACAAAUAAGACCCUGUCACUGAGGAGCGAUGAGCCAGAGACGUGGCAUCCAUGUGGACCAAUCUGAGCUGCUCUGCAAAAAAGGAUGUGGGUUUUAUGGCAACACAGCCUGGCAGGGCCUGUGCUCAAAGUGCUGGCGAGAGGAAAAUCAGCGAGAAAAGCAGAGGCAAAUUCAAGAGGACUGGGCUCUUGCGGAAAGGCUGCAGAGAGAGGAAGAGGAAGCUUAUGCAAGCAGGCAUCAGAGGACACAAUCGCAACCUGCAAUCACUCCCUUCAACAAGUUUGAAGAAAGAAAGACGAAGGAGAAGUCCAGCAAAGUCAACACAGUCACAAAGUUUUUCACUCCAUCAACAAAAACACCACCCAAAAAGGAUGCUGACGCUCAGUCGACUCCGAGCUCCAGCUCCUCAGCCAGUCGCCAGCCCAUUCCAGACAGCGACCGCGCAACGCAAGAGUUCAUAGAUUUUCUGAAGUCGGUGAAGUCUGGCAGGGAAAUCUUCAAACAGUGUCGGGCUUUCACUGAAGGCAUGGUGUACAAGCGGGACAUGGGAGCCGACGAGCAGUCGGAGUGUGUGCAAGACUUCUACCAGAACCUCUCAGACCGGCUUCAGAACCAGUUCAAAGGUUCGACAGAGCAUGUAGAGAGGGUGAUGGAUGAAGUGGAGAAGUACAUGAUGACCCGACUUUACACUGAGGUUUUCUGUCCGGAAACCACAGACGACGAGAAGAAAGACUUGGCUGUUCAGAAGAGAAUCAGAGAUUUGCACUGGGUCACCAUAGAAAUGCUGUGUGUGCCUGUGGAUGAAGAGAUCCCGGAGGUCUCAGACAGCGUCGUCAAAGCCAUUACAGAUGUAAUUGAAAUGGACUCGAAGCAGGUACCCAAAGAGAAGCUGGCGUGCAUCACCCGUUGCAGCAAGCACAUCUUCAACGCCAUCAAAGUGAGCAAGAAGGAGGCCGCGUCAGCCGACGACUUCCUCCCGACUCUCAUCUACAUCGUGCUGAAGGCAAACCCUCCGCGGCUGCAGUCCAACAUCCAGUACAUCACCCGCUUCUGCAACCCCAGCCGACUCAUGACCGGAGAGGACGGAUACUACUUCACUAAUCUGUGCUGUGCAGUGGCCUUCAUAGAGAAACUGGAUGGUCAGUCUCUGAAUAUGAGCUCUGAGGAGUUUGAGCUCUACAUGUCGGGCCAGGCGUCUCCGAACUGGCCGCCGCCCACCACCGCCGCCUCAUCCGCAGGCGGCGCAGCCCAAACCCAGGUCCACAGCAGCCUGGACCUGCUAACCGGGCUCGGCGAGAGGCAGGAGCGGGUCGUGGAGAAGGCUCGGCAGCUGGAGAGCGACCUGAUAGACUGGACGGAUGAAGUGGAGCAGAAGGUGCAAAGCGCGCUGGAGAGCUUUCCGCUCGACGCCCAAAGCACCACGACGAACGCGGCCGGCGGGACGGCGACAACAACGGCGGCCGCAGCGUCGUCGGCCAUCGACUCUGAAAAUGUAGAGAACGAGCUGCUGCCUCCGCCGCUGCAGCCUCAGGUGUUUGCUGGUUGAUAGGAAAACAUCUGCUCUGCAGAAAAAUCUCCUGGAGGUUCUACUUCCAUCUUCCCGUGUGUUCUCUUUAUAGUCCUUAAGCACAUGUAGUGUCUGUUGGAUCUGGAGUGUUCAUUCAUCCGUCUGUUCCCUUAGAUGCCGUAAAACAUGCUGAGUCGUUACCCAACUGUUAGAUUUGAACUGUUGGGUAACGACUGCAUUAUCAUUACCCAACAGCAAUGGCUUCGCUGUAAAGGCACAACGAUCUUCACUGCAGAAAAAAAACAAACAAAAUCUUACCAAGUCAUUUUGGUCUGAUUUCUAGUGCAAUGUCUUAGUACACUUGACAUAAGUUUAAACUAACUUACAUGUAACUUUGUAGCAAGAUCUAAGGCAGACUAUUUUACCUGUAACACGGGAAAAAUGUCUUGUUACAAUUGAAAUAACCUGCUAGUGGAACUGGAGCUUUUUCUUCAAUUUUAAGGAAUUGUUUACUUUAAAUAAGCUCCCAUAUCUUCCUGAAAACUAAGAUAUUUGCACAGAAAACUAGACCAAAAAUAUUUGGUAAGACUUUGUGUUUUUGCAUUGUUCACGUUUUACCUCACAGCAAAAAGACAAAUAAGUGAUGAAAUUUAACCGCAGCUCCACAUGAGGUGGAGCAGUGGGACGCAACAGGGCAGACCCCGACCAUCAGAUGCAGCUCCUUUCACUGCGAAGGAGGAAAACACUCCACUAUAAGCUCUUCCAAAAAACUUCUCCUCAUCCUCUACCUGCAGUACCUCAGUACUUUUUAUAGCUGUUACAUUUGUACAGUAGCGAUAAAUGGCGUGCUUGAGUCCCAAACCUUCAGCCACGAUGCAAGAUGUCCAGAAAAAAAAAAAAAAACUAGGAUAGCAAAAGUUUAGAAACCAAAAAGAAAGACGUGUAAAAAUCUGAGUGAUCAAACUCCUCUGUUACUAAUGUUGCUCUUCAAGUCAUGCCUGUAUUUCAUGCUGAAUUUAGCUUGUAUUUCCCAGAAAUAACCAGAGAGUGUGUGCGCGUGUGUGUGUGUGUGCACAAUGACUGUGCAUGUGAAUAAGCGGCGCACGUGUGCUGCACGUUGUUCCCGACAAUUUGAAGACGAAGAAAAGAAAAUCGGCACCAGUACGUCCAAAUACUGUCGAGUCUGGUUUUUAUGACCUGUCAUCAUCAGCUGGAUGUUCAGAUUUUAUUUUUCUAUGAAGUGUCAGAAUAUAUCAAUAUUUCUUUGAUCAGCUUAAACUUGUAAUAUUUACAGCGGUGAAUGAGCAUGGAUGCAGCGUUUUCAGGAGGCCGACGAAAAAAAUAAAUUAAUCAAUUUAUUUAUUUAUUUCCUCCGGCAAAUAUUUUUAGACCAAAACAAAAGGAAAUAUCUUGUUUUCCUGCAAAAACAGGACAUAGCAGUCACCCCUAAAGCUUUAGUUGCUUCACUGUAGUUAUUUUUUAUUUUUUAGUCUGAUUUUAAAGCUCUUCAUGCAGCAUCAAAUUUCAGCUUUUAUCAGGCGACACCGUGUCAGACAGAUAGGAAAGUAAUUUUCAUUUCUCUGUAUUUGGCAGAUUUACAAUGACAAAAAUGCAUUAGGCAGACAUUUUACACUUGUGCUUUGUCUUUUGUUUUGUAUUGCAAUGACAUUUGCAUCCGAAGAGCCGUGUGAACCUGCCGUUUGAAAGCCAGGUCUUGUACUGCACCGCUAAGGCUUGGAAACCUUUUUAAUUUUGCACUGAGAGUGGAAGUUAAUUGAACAAGUGUUUUAAUCCAUUUGUUUGAUUAUAGGUUUGUUAUAGUUGCAGGUUUGCUGAGAUUAACUCGAAACUGCCUUUAAUUUAAGACAUAAUUUAUUGGGAGAGUUUUGAUCUGCCUACAUCUACGGGAGUGGAACGAUUGGUGGUUAAUAAAAUUGAAACUCAGUA